AUUCGACUCGCCGUAGUCGAAAACCUGUGCGAAAACUUACUGCGAAGUGAAAUUGUGCAAGUCAUAUCAUCAAUUUUCUGCAAAAAUAGGUCUACUUGGGAUCGGUCGCGUUUCUUUAAAGAUGGAUAUCGAAAAUUCGGGUUAGUGUGAUUCUUGUAGACCUUCAAUAGACGAAUCUAACCCAUAAAAAAAAUAUGGUCCGAAAGCAUUAUAAGUCCCUACUUGGAUGUUCGCAAGAAAGUCGAUAUACCCAAGCUUCGAAAACAUCACACAAAAAACCUCGGGAGAGUGUCGUUUUGUAGCCCUUGACUUGCUCUAUCUACUCUAAAAAUUUCAUUUCUCCACCAUCGAUCUAUCAAAAGUUAUUAAAAAAAUGGCCACCCUUUUUUUAUUUUGAAACGGAUAUUAAUUAGUUUUUUCUAGGCAAGUCGAUAAGCUCUUUUCAUCCGUGUGAAAAAAUAUCUUGCAGAAAUUUUGAAUUUCGCGUACCUUUAAAAAUUUUUUUUAUUUAAUUUAAUUUUGAUUGUUUAGAUGGACAAGAAAUAAUUAUUUAUUAUGAAAAUGGUCGAUUUGAACGAUUAAAUAAUCUUCUUCCAAGUUCUUCAAAUCCAUCACAUAGAAAUUCUUUAUCAAAUCAAACAAAAAAACUUGCAUGUUUAACAACAAGUAGAUAA